AUGUCCCCUAACGCUUCCAUUGUCACGGGCUCAGUUGCCCUGGGAGUAGUUGGUCUUGGCAGCAUCAAGGCCAUCAAGAGUAUUGUCGAUCGGAUUCUGCUUCGACCUCAAUAUGACGAAGGCGAUUUAGCUAUUACUGCCUAUCGUGAUGAAGACGGUGAGGCGACCGAGGAAUCCCUCCGAGCCUUUUCGGAUAAAUGGCAGCGGGUCGCAAUUGUGGUCCUUUCCAUCGCCGGUUUAUCCAUCUCACUGGCACUCGCCAUUCUUUCCACUACGAGCGGCAAUCUGAAUGAUACGCUGGUGAAUUGGAUUCAAUUUGCUAUCUGGGUCUUAUUUGCCAUCCAAGGGAUCGCCUUCUUCACCGAACCUCGUCCGACCACCCGAUUCCGAUUGGGUCAAUUUUCCUUCGGAGCAAGUCUCAUAUUUAUCGCAGUCGCAGGCUUUGAAAUUCAACAAGCAUGGGUUUCUCACAGUGGUCUGCUCCAAAAUCGAACAUGGAUCGGCCUUGUCGGUGCGAACAUCGGCAGUGCUUUCCUACGUGCACUCUUCAGUAUUCUUUUACCGCGUCGUCCGAAUGUCUAUUUCGAAGGUCAAAUCGUGGACCAAGAACAGACCGUUUCGACUCUCGGUCGUUACAGCUUCGUCUGGGCUAGUCAACUCCUGACCUUCACGAUCGGCCACAAGAAUCUGGAGUUGAGCGAUUUGCCUAAACUCCGAGCUGAAAAACGCGCCGGUCGUCUCCGCGAAACCUUUGAACGGGCUAAGGGAGGUCGGAAGCUCUGGAAGGGUGUGAUGCGCACCCACUGGCGCACCUUUGUGCUCCAGCUCUGUCUAAUUGGAAUUACUGGAUUCCUGACAUUUGGCCCUCAAGUUGCGCUAUUCAAUAUUCUCAACUCUCUAGAGGGCCGUGAUGACGAGGGUUGGUCUUCUAGUCGCUCUUGGAUCUGGGUAUUUGCUCUGGGAGGUUUCAUGUUUGUUUUCUCGUUCGUCGAGGCGUGGCUCUUCUGGUGUGUUUGUUCCAAGCUGGCGAUUCCAAUUUACGCAGAACUCACGGCUCUCGUGUUUGCCAAGUCUAUGCGCCGAAAGGAUGCAAAGUACAUAAAAAAGUCAAAGGAAGCUGAAGAUUCGCAAGCUUCUGCGAAGGCAUUGCUAGCGGAAGACAAGAAAGAGGAAGAAGAUGACGACGACGAUAUCAAGAAAAGUCGCCAGAGUAUUGUCAAUCUUGCGGCCAUAGAUGCCCGCCGCAUUUCCGACGUCAGUUCUUUCCUGUACUUGAUUCCAAGUGCAAUUCUCAAAAUCAUAAUCGGGUGUUCAUUCCUGGUCAAGAUUCUGGGCUGGCAAAGCGCUUUUGCUGGUCUUUCGGUUUCUAUCUUCAUUGCGCCGGCAAAUAUCUAUGUCACCAAACGAUACACAUCCGCGCAGGACAGACUCAUGAAACAUCGAGAUCAGAAAAUGGCAAUUGUCACUGAAGUUCUCCAGGGAAUCCGUCAAGUCAAAUUCUCGGCGUUGGAAGGCCAGUGGCAGAAAAAGAUUGGAAUGGUUCGAGAAAACGAGCUGGGUGCCCUAUGGACUUCCUUUUUCUAUGAUGUUUUCCUCAUGGCAAUUUGGAUUCUUGGCCCUAUCGCUUUCUCGUCCGUUUCCUUGACUGUCUAUGCUAUUCUCAAUGGCGGGCUAUCCGCCUCCGUUGCGUUCACGGCCAUUUCUGUUUUCGGUUCUCUGGAAAUGGCACUCGCUAUUUUGCCAGAAAUUAUCACCAACCUGCUGGAGGCUAUGGUUAGUGCAGAUCGCAUUGAUGAGUACAUGAACGCUUCCGAGAAGGUCGUCAACACUGUCCCUGGCGAGAGUAUCUCCUUUGAAGAUGCCUCGGUAGCCUGGCCGGCGGAACACCAUCCUGGAGACAAAGAUGAGGCCGAUGAGGAAGAGCGAUUCCUUCUUCGGGAUCUCAAUUUCAAUCUACCAAAGAAUGGUCUGAGUGUGAUCUCCGGUCGAACUGGAUCCGGAAAGAGUCUUCUUUUGGCUUCUAUUCUGGGCGAAUGUGACAUUCUGGGAGGUACUAUCAGAGUACCUGUCCCACCCGCUCUUAAGGAUCGAUUCGAUCACCUGGCUACCAAUGCCAAUUGGAUCAUUGACGACGCGAUCGCAUAUGUUGCCCAGAUCCCAUGGAUUGAAAACGCGUCCAUCAAAGCAAACAUCCUUUUUGGAUUGCCAUUUAACGAAUCCCGCUAUAAAAAAGUUCUCUUUGCAUGUGCGCUGGAAAAGGAUUUGGAGAUGCUUCCCGAUGGAGAACUGACGGAUAUUGGAGCAAAUGGCGUUAACCUCAGUGGAGGUCAACGCUGGCGUGUAUCAUUUGCGCGUGCAUUAUACUCCCGGGCUGGAAUUCUUGUCAUGGACGAUAUUUUCAGUGCCCUAGAUGCGCAUACUGGACGGCAUGUCUACGAGCAGGCCUUGACAGGCGAGCUUGGUCAGGGUCGCACUCGUGUUUUGGUGACCCACCACGUCGCCCUUUGUCUCCCUCUCACUGAUUAUUCCGUACUUUUGGAAAAUGGCCGUGUGAAAUACGCAGGCACUAUUGACGAACUGAGGAAAUCUAACCACCUAGAUGAUAUCCUUCGCGAAGAGCAAGCUGCAGAGGAAGCGGAUCACAAAGUCCCCGAUGAUCAAAAGGAUGCCGAGGAUGUUGACGGCGCAACUCUUCAGAAGGUCAUCUCGAACACGUCCCGCCGACGCCAAAGCAGUGCAGCUAAUGGAAAUGGAAAUGCUGCUGCACCACCUAAGGAUACACCUAAGAAGUUUGUCGAAGCGGAGGGGAAAGAGAAGGGCUCUGUUCGACUCGAUGUCUAUAAGACUUACUUUGGAAUGGGCGGCCGUGCAUUUACAUGGGCUGUGACACUCGCAGUUUACCUGUCAUAUGCUAUACUGAUGGUUGGACGAUCAUGGUGGAUCAGUAUCUGGACUAGCUCAUCAUCUAUGACGCACGCUCACUCCGACACGACCAUUGCGAUGCUACAAUACCCUGUGAUGCAAAUGAAUAUGUCUGCUCCGUCUGAACAUGAUCCCAACCUCACUAUGUACCUUGGUACAUACAUCGCUAUCUCCGUUGUUGCUUGUAUGGUCGGAACAGUUAGAUUCUACUGCACUCUGUCUGCAGGCAUUCGCGCCUCGAGAAACCUUUUCGACGGCCUGGUGUUUGCCGUGUUACGUGCUCCCCUACGCUGGCUGGAUACAGUCCCAUUGGGUCGAAUCCUUAACCGGUUCACAGGAGACUUCCACGUUAUCGAUUCACGAUUGGGGUACGAAAUGGGCUUCUUUUUGGGUGAAGCGCUGGAUGUCUGUGGCAUUAUUGUGGCAGGCAUUCUAGUUUCCCCGCUUGUGCUUGCUCUUGCGACCGCGCUACUCAUUAUCUGCCUCAAGCUGUCCAUGACUUAUCUUGCUGGUGCUCGUGAGGCUAAGCGUCUGGAGAGCACUGCUAAGAGUCCUGUCCUAGAGCAGUUCGGAUCUAGCUUGGCUGGAUUGGUGACCAUCCGCGCAUUCACCAAGAGCGGCGCCUUCAUCGACAUCAUUUACGACAAGAUUAAUGCUCAUGCUCAGUCUUGGUGGGCUGUAUGGCUAUUCAACCGCUGGUUGGGCAUUCGCAUGAAUGUUGUUGGAGCGAUCUUCUCAACUCUCACUGCAGCAUUGGUCAUCUCUCUCCCUGGUAUCUCCGCUUCCAUGGCAGGUUUCGCCUUGAGCUUUGCCUUGCAAUGCAACUCGGCAAUCACAUUUGCCCUGCGAACAUACUCUAAUAUCGAACUUAACAUGAAUGCUACCGAGCGCGUGAUUGAAUAUUCCAACAUCGAGCUUGAGAACCAGGGUGGUGCAGAUGUACCGGCUGCUUGGCCCACUGAGGGACGCCUAGAGGUCCAUGACUUGGUUGUGGGCUAUGCGCCAGAUCUGCCGCCUGUGCUGAACGGACUCAGUUUCACCGUCGAGAAGAACCAGCGAGUAGGUGUCGUCGGUCGUACAGGUGCCGGUAAAUCGUCCCUUACGCUGGCCCUGUUCCGUUUCCUCGAGGCUCGUCAGGGUCAUAUUUUCAUCGAUGGCCUGGACGUGGCUAAGAUCAAGCUGCAUGAUCUCCGCAGUCGCCUGGCUAUCAUUCCCCAGGACCCAGUUCUUUUCUCCGGAACAGUGCGAUCCAAUCUGGAUCCUUUCGAUGAGUACAGUGACACUGAACUGACUGAUGCCUUGGCCCGUGUACACUUGACUUCGUCGUCUGAUGACGAGGCCACCCUCACAUCCCAAGAUAGACCGUCUGGCAGUACUGGCGCAACCACACCCGAUACUGCCACGGUUCAAGCGACUAAUUCAAACAUUUUCACGUCUCUGUCAUCGAACAUCUCGGAAGGUGGUCUUAAUCUCUCACAGGGUCAGCGACAACUCCUCUGUCUUGCUCGGGCUAUUGUCGCUCGUCCUAAGAUUAUGGUUCUCGACGAGGCCACCUCGGCUGUAGAUAUGGAGACAGAUGCACAAAUCCAGCAAUCUAUUCGGGCAGAGUUUGGUCGCAAUGCGACUACGCUGCUUGUCAUUGCGCAUCGUCUCAGCACAAUUGCAGACUUUGACCGCAUUCUUGUGUUGGAUGCCGGCAAGGCUGUUGAGUUUGCUUCACCUCGGGAGCUGAUGGGAAUUGAGAACGGAGUAUUCAAGAGUCUGGUUGAGAACAGCGGCGAGAGGGACGUCUUAGACAAGAUGAUUUUCGGUUAG